GCCCGCAGCCGGGCCGGUUUGGGCUGCGCGAUGCCCGGCAGGCGGCUCCCCGGCUAGUCUGGCCGAGCCCCCCGGCCCUGGCCGACGCCUCUCCGGCUGCAGCGCCCCCCCCGCUCCCCGCAGCAUCCUCAGCUGGCCCCUGGCAGCGCGCCCUGCCUCGCCCUCCGCCUGUCCUGCCCGGCUGCGGGCGCCGCGUCCCUCCGACUUGGCUGCGCGGAGCCCCGGCUGGAUGCUGCGGCUGCUGCGGGGACCAGCCGGACUUUGGCUCGAGCCUUGUCCCCCUGCCCCUUGCGCCGGGACCGGGCGCUCCGGCGGCAGCUUGCCCCGACCCUGCCCUGCCUUCGGCGGCUGCGGGGGCUCCCCGAGGUGCCCUGGCACAGAGGAUGGCGGCGGACGGGAGCAGCGCCCGGCUCUGCCGGAGCUGGCUGGCGGCGGCUCUGCUGGGUUUACAUCUCUUCUCCAUGGCUGUCACCUUGGAGGUCUCAGUGGGGAAAAACAACCUUGUGAUGGCUCUGAACGGCUCAGAAGUGCAGCUGCCCUGCAUCUUCACCACCUGCAUAGGAUUCAAGGACCUUGACUUCACUUGGUACUACAACAGCAUUGACCUGAUCUAUCACGGGAAUAUAAAGAACAAAGCAUCAGAGCCAACGGUGCUAUUCGCAGACCCUCGGGUUCGGUUAAUUGGCACAACCACUGGGAAGGAAAACAACAUCUCCAUCUCCAUGGGGUCAGUGGACUUCGAUGAUGCUGGGAAGUACACCUGUCAUGUCAGGAACCCAAAGGAAAUGAAUGCUGAACACAAUGCCACCAUCAUCCUCAAGGUGGUCCAGGAGAUGGUACCGGUGGACAACACGCUGACGCGCAUCAUCCUGGGAGCCGUGGGCGGGCUCGUCGGCCUCCUCAUCCUCAUCCUUGUCAUCAAGAAAAUUGUCCUGCUUAUCCUCAAAAAGUCUCAGGAGAAGAAGAAGGAGUGUCUCGUGAGCUCCUCAGGGAUUGACAACACUGAGAACGGCCUGGCGGGCUCCAAGGCGGAACAGAAAGCUCCACCAAAGGCAUGAAGCAAACUCAGUGUGACCCACCAGGCAGUAAAACGCUAAUGGCCGGGGGAGGGGAAAUCUAUUUUAUUUUGAAACUAACAAUGCUUGAGACAUCUCUGUAUUAUGCACAUGCCUGCAAUUUGCACCACUCUUCAGCCCAGACUUGGGACGCUGUGUGGCCUGGGAGCGACUUGUGCCCAGGCUGUGAUCUCAGGAGGGGAAAGGGAGCAGGCCAGCUCCAUUCUCUCUGGGAGGAGGUGGGAACUCCCUGAGCUGGAGCAUGGGCUGGGGUGGGUGGGUGUUUUCAUGUGGUGUGUGUGUGAGAGCGGCUGGGUCAUCACACAGAGACUGGGCGUGAGGGCGCUGAGCAGAAAUGGUGUCUUGCGAAGCUGAGAGCCGGGGUGGGUGGGGGGCAUUGCCUGCCUGGCUCCCAGGGAUGCUACACUGGGAGGAGGCCAUGCACCAGGCAGAGGGCAGCUAGUUCCUGGAGCAGAGGCCUCUGGAGCACAAGGCUGCAUGGAACGCUAGCAGUAGAGAGAGAUGCUCCUGUCCCUGCCUGAGCGUGGGGCUGGCUCAAGGAGAAAGAGGGCUCUGCUGCCAAGCACACUUCUGAACCAAAUGACUAGUGCCGCCUUUACCAAGCCUGGCUUUAAUCUCUUUUCCUAACUGGUUAAGAAACAAGAUUUGUCUGAACCGGUUAGGAAAAGAGAUUAAGGGGCCCCUGCUGCUGCUCCUGGGACGAGCUCUCCCUCCCCUGCCAUUUCCAUUCCACUCCAGCAGGUGAGCUGCCCACUCUCAGUCUGGGCUUGUGCGGCUCUGUGGUAUUGUCACCAGCUGCUGUGGGAGCCAAGGGUGGAAUACACUGCGGCCAGGGGUCGCCGUAGUCACGGGGGGCUAUGUCCGUUCGCUACCUAUGGCAGCCAUUCACCUGCUACCCUGUGGGAUUGCUGUGGGCCUGGCUCUCCACUGCCCUGCCCCUUGUGUCCUUGCUUGCACUAGUGCAAGGGCAGUGCAAAGCACUGCCAGUCCGACCCCCUUUGCUCAUGGCAGCACAAGGUGCAGGGGUCCUGUGUCUGGCUGCCUGGCAAACCUGCCCAGUGAGCUCUGCGUAGAAAAGCUGGGUCAAUAGUAAAGUGCUGGGGGGAGUCCGGGGAAGGUUCAUUCCUCUGCCUGCACUUUGUCCCUGGCGCUCGCCUGGCUCCUGGUUUUGCUCUGUGGUGUUCCCUGUCCCACUGGCAGGAGCGCUGCUUCUGCGGGAAGGGCAGCUGGGACACUCGCGUGUGAUUCUUGUUCCCUCGUUCUGGAGGGUCUUUCUGACUCUGCCAAGACACCGCGGCGAAGGCGCGCACCUGGAAGGGGGCACCUGGGGUGAAAAGCUUCAGGUUUCUGACUGUCCUCCUGGGGCAGAGGAAAAAUUGACAAAGUGGGUCCAGCCCCCACAAGCUGAGGGCAGUGGCUGGUUACGUGUCCAGUGCUGACUGUGCUUAUCUCGACUCCCCUGCUCCCCAAGCAGCAUUCAGGGGAAAAGGAGUCCAGAUCCCACGUCGGGCAUUGGGUCCUAGCCGGGCUCUGGAGCAUGGCACUGUGAUCCCCACCAGGCUGCAUAAGCAAUGUUCCCAAACAGCCAGGCCCACGUUCUGCCUUCUGUUACAUGUGCCCAGACCCAGGGAUGCCUGGGAGCUGCCAAGGCAGAAUGUGCCCCUUGGAGUCCUCUUGCUGUCCCAGAUUGACAGGUGGGGGUGAGGGUAUUAUCACCCUUCCUAGUCUGGUACCAACCCCCGGCACAGCCACUCCCUCUAGAGCACUGGAGCUUUCUGCGGAACUACUAGGGUGUCCUUUCUUCUUCCCUAUGCUGGUUGGCUAUUGCAGCCCCAUGCCCUCACUGGGUAUGCUGGUGCAGAAUUGGUGCCAUGCUUUGUGACAUCCGCCCUGGGAGGUUUUGUCUCCCACACGUGCUAGUGAGGUACCAAACACGUCCUCUCCCCGAGCUGUCUGACAUUCCAUACCAAACAUGCACCCCAGUCCCAGCUGCACUGGCAGUCCCUUUGGGGCUUAGCCAUCUCCCAGAGCUCUGCCCUGUGAUGCUGGUCACGUCUCCACCAAACACAGCCCUGUCUCAUUGCAGGGGACACCGGGCUUUACCAAAGAGUUGCCAUGUUGCUUGGUGACACCCGCAGUGCUGGGAAUGUUUUUGUUUUAGUAGCGAGCGCCUUAUCGGCCUGGGAGCUGCCUGCCUGUCCCUGCUGUGCUGCAUAACCAAGCAGAGCUGCAGGCUUUUUGCAUUGUUCAGCCCCACAGGGGUAGGGAGCACCAGAUUGUAAAGAACAGGUUUGCACACCCCUGCCAUGUCAGGGUGCUUUGUGCCAUGGGGAGCAGCAUGAUUGGAGCUGGGGAUUGCACUAAGCACAGUAUCUAAGUACCAAAUCCAGGCAGACUGGGGAAUCCUUUGGGAAUUUGUUUAAGUAGCACCAGCCCUGCAGAGGAUUUUCCUGCCAGCGGAAGUUGGGGGGGAUGUGCUGGGAAGUGCAUGGAACGGAACCAAGCGGAGUCAGGGCCACCCCAAGAAAAGCCAGUGUGGCUGCCGUGACCUUGGAGAGGAGCUGGGUGCGUUGUUUGCCUGGGGGCUUUGGCUGCGAGAGGGCUGGGUAUUAACAAGGAACUCCAGCAAUGGGACUGGAGAGCCCAGGAGGCCAGUGCUAGGUGAGGACAACCCAGAGCGAUGCAGGAAGCCCCCCGAAGUCAGAGUCUUUCUCGUGAUGUCAUUGGGCUUUGGGUCAGUGCCUCAAGGGCCAUGAUCAUGAGAGACUUAGAGCCGCACAAAGCGACAAUGUCCAGCGCGGGGAGAGAGGCCAGAGGCUGGCCGGGGACGGGGCCGUGGCUCCAGACUGACGUGUUAGCAUGUGUAAAUCCGGACUGCGAGAUGAUUGCUGUAGGGGACUGGCCUGAUUUUCCUGCCCUACGCCUGCUUUACGCUGGUUUGAGUGCAGUCACUCCUGAUGCCCGGGAAGUGCGUGAUGGGGUGUGCAAGGGCAGAGAACUGGUGCCCAUGACUGCUGGUGAAUGGGCCUGCCUCCUUCUCACAGGUACACCUGCCUGCCCCAUCAGGCGCUUCCUUCAGGGGAGAUCGGGAAAUGGGGGGGCGUGGUUCACACCGAACGCUACAUUUCCUUCGUGUUGCAGACCUCAGCUGCACCGUCUCAUUUAUGUGGGUGUAAAUCAGGAGUAAAGCCACAGGAGGAAGUGGAAUAAGCCCAGUUUAAAUCUGGUGUAUGUGGGAGAAGAACUGGGCCCAAAGUUCUGGCCCCCUGCUCCCGUUGCCCCAGUUGCGAGGGGCUGCUCAGGCAGCAGAGACAGAGGCCGGGGAGAGGGGCUGCUGGAACGCAGCUUCAGACAGCAAAGUGAGUGGGGAAGGUGACGGCUCGGGGAGUGGAGCAGGUGAUGGAGCUACCUUUAUCGGUCGCACGUUUAAACUCGGUGAGCCGUGGUGGUUGUCAGUGGCGGCUGCGAGACGUGAGUUUUAGCUCUGUCCCCAAUGGACAGGGGUCCGCAUCCCAGUCCGCACCAACUGCUCAAGUCUGUAGAGAGAACCAGGGGGCGAAUCUCCCUGCUCCGCCUUAUGGGCAGGGUGGAGGCACGUCACUGAGGCGAAGUUCACAUGCAGGAUUUCAUAGGGCUCUCAGCAAGGAACCAUCCCCCGGGCCAGGGGGUGGGGAGGGGAUGGGAUUGCCUGUUUUCAUGCUGUGGAAGUGCUGCACGGCUCCUUCUGUUCUGCGCCGUGCACAUGCCGAAGCAUCUUCCCGGGCUGGGCCCCAGAGCCAGCAAAAGACGAGGUUGUCAAAGUCGCUGCGUCUGCCCAAUGCAGAAGAAAUCACUGUGAAAUGCUUCUGAACAAAGGUGCUGUGUAGGCCUGUGAGCAGGGCCUGUGCUCUGCACUGCCUGCCUGCGCUCACGCCAGGCGGAGCAGCCUGGAAUACAUUCCUUGACUGCACUGGCUCACCCUGUCCCGUGCCCUGCUGUGGCUGAUGUACAUUGAGUUGCUCUCCCCGCUGUGCGGCCUGUACCUGGCUGGUUUUCUGGGGAGCAGCUGCCGUAUUUUUUACAUCCGUUCCGGUUUUACUCUUUUUUUUCAAAGCUCGGCACUUACAGUAACAAACACGGAAGAAGCUGAUCUACCAAGGCUUUAAUUAGUUAUGUAAAUCAUUUGUAUAAAGGAUUUAAAUGGGAAAACGGCUCAUUCGGUUUCCCUUUCACUUAAGAAAGAAUGUGGAGCUUCAUUUGCUAUGCAGGGAGGGAGUAUGGUCUAGUCAUAGUUAGAGGACUUGGAUUCAGGACUCAGGUUCUGUUCCUGGCUCUGCUGCUGACUCAUGUGACCUCAGGCAAGUUGCUUUGCUUCUACAUGCCUCAGUUUCCCCAUCUGUAAAAUGGGGAUAAUGAUACUGACCUACCUCACAGAUGAUGACUUGAGGCUUCAUUAGUUACCAUUUGUAAAGUGCUUUGAAAUCCUCGAAUGACCAGUGCUAUAGAUGGGCAAAGUGUAAUUAGGAGAGAGCUACUUGGAAGGUUAGAAACCGAUCAGGGAAACAUACAUGUUGUAUUUCACUGUCAAUGUGGAAAUCUGAUUUCUCUCUGGACACUUACACCUUCUGUUGGUACAGCUGGCCCCUCAACUGGUGAGAACUGAGACACCUUUUCAGUUGUCUUCAGUUCUGUUCUGUUCGUCUGGUGACUUUGUCCAUGCUCUGUAGAGUCAGCCUGGCUGAUUCACUGCUGAUCGAUGGUCGUCCUGUCUCAUGCUCCAGCCUGGUGACAGGGAGCUCCCACGCACGCUGUUCCCCAGUCCUGCAAAGAGGCUCCUCUCAGUAACAGCAGCAGCAAUAUUGAAACGAAGAGAGAGCAGGCAGGUGAUCAGAGAGAGAUGCCGGAGACAUUAUGGAGUCUGCUUGGGACAUUGCUAUUGGAGGGGCUUGCGUACUGCAGCGAUAGGGUGGCCAUAUAAACCCUGAGACAGAGACAGAAGGGGGAGAAGAGACAGGCGUGAGAUAGUGGGGUUGUUCUCUGACUUAAAUCCCUUGAGUACAUGGGGUGCUGGAAAAUCCUUCUCCAUAUAACUGAAAGGGAUUAAAAACAGUCCCAGACAUGCUAUUCCAAGGAAUUUAAAAUUUAAAAAGUGCUUCAUUUAAAAUAAUUCUAGUUGACUGUGACCUUUUAAAAUCAUGUGAUUUGUUGUUUGAAUGUCACAAGCCAACUUCUUGUGUGGGCUACAUCUUUGCCUUUGUUAAUGAGGCUAAGGAACUAAACUCUGCUCUUCUCCCCAGCCCCUUCCCCUGUAGGAAUCAGGAAUCAGAGCUGGGUCUUGGUUUUUCAAGAGCGGGGUGAGGGUGGGAGCAAGAACAGCUUUCUGGCUUUGUAACGGAAUGGGAGCCCAUUCUGGAUGAGCUGUGUUAGAACAUUUAAUUGCAGGGGAGUGUUCUUGAAUUAGUUUGUGACCCAGCCUGACCCAGCUAACAAACAGGCUUGCCAAAGCAGUGCAUGGGGAUUACUGGAGAAGAAGGGGAUGUGGUACCACUUCAUCUAUAGACAGGAGUAUGAUGGCCAUUGGAAUCUGAGCGUGAUGGGCACAGAGUCCCACUUGCCGGCUUGUAACUGUGCUCAAAUCUGCAAAUGCAGGAGCUGUUGGAACAGAGGAGGCCCAAGAAGCACCCUGUGCUGGUGCAUCUGUGGCUGUGCCUUUCAAGAGGAGCGUGAUUCAUGGCUGUGCUGCACCUGGCCUAGUCGCUUACACCAGGGCAUGGAGCUUCGGCAGGGCAAAGGUGACAUGCUCUGGAAGGGUAGGCUUUGUGCUUGACAGUCUUAUCCGCUGGUUAGAGUAGGCAGCUCGGACUCCUGGAUUCUGUUCCCAGCUCUGCUGCGUCUCUUCGGGUAAACAUGGGCAAAUCAUUUGAAUCUCUCUGUGCUUCAGUUUCCCCAUCUAUAAAAUGCGGCUGAUAACACUGACCUGCCUCAGGGGCUGUUUGUGAAGUGCUCUAAGAUCCUUGGACGAAAGGUGCUGUAUAAAUGCAAAGUAUUAUUAAUAUAUCAUCAUCGCUCAUGACGUUUUAGACCAAAAGACACAAAAUCUUCCAGUUGCCCCAUGAAAUCCCCAGUCCAGCCUUUGUGAAGAACUUCCAUAGACAAGUAAAGUUUGGGGAGGAAAUUAAUUUUUUUAAGUAUUAUUUUUAGGUGUCAUAACCUGUUAGUCUUUUUUAGAAGUAGUAUCUGGAUAUUGUUCCACUUACCACAUGAUAUGCAAUGCUGUUCUAUGCAUGGAUUAUUCCUCUGGCUUGAAUAGAGAGAACUUAACAAUCAAUUUUUGAGAUACAUUUCUGUACCUGUACCUGUAUGGAUUUAGAUAUGCUGUACAAUGGGCAUGCUUAGAAGGUUCCACUGUCUUGAAAAUUUGACCAAUUCUUGAGCUAUUCCCUCUCUUUAAAAUGGGGUGUCCCACUAGAACCUUUCAAACAGAGGGGAUGUUAAGGAUGAGUGUAUAUUGUAGACACACACAUGUAUAUGUGUAUAUAAAUACGUAUAGUAUAUAGUUGUAAAUAAACACAGAAUGUAGAGGAACAUUCUGUCUGUUGCCUUUAAAA